CACAUAGAUAUAGAUCCGAAAAAUGUGCAUAUCGAUGGAACAACCGGUGAUCCUGAUAGAGAAUGUGAAUCUUUUGAAAUGGAGAUCAAAAACGCUGGUGGCAUUCAUCUAUUUGUCGGUGGAAUGGGCUCAGAUGGUCAUAUUGCUUUCAAUGAACCUGCUUCUAGUCUAGUGUCACGUACACGUGUUAAAACAUUGACAAGAGAGACUGUCGCUGCUAAUGCAAGAUUUUUUGGAAAUGAUAUCACUAAG